AUGCUUGAAACGUAUUUACACGCUAAGAAGUGGCUCAAACCGACUGGCAACAUGUAUCCAACGCGCGGAGAUCUUCACAUAGCCCCGUUUACUGAUGACGCCCUAUUUAUGGAACAGUAUAAUAAGGCAAAUUUCUGGUAUCAAACUUGUUUCCAUGGAGUGGAUUUGAGUGCUUUACGUACUGCAGCAAUGAAGGAAUAUUUCAGGCAGCCAAUUGUUGACACAUUUGAUGUCCGCAUUUGUAUGUCUAGAUCCGUUAGACACGUAGUGGACUUUCUGAACGCUAAUGAAACUGACCUUCACCGUAUUGAAGUGCCUUUUAGAUUCGAGCUUACACAGUCUGGAACUUGUCAUGGCCUCGCGUUUUGGUUUGAUGUACUAUUUGCAGGCAGUACACAGCAUAUCUGGCUAUCGACAGCCCCAACGGAGCCUUUAACACAUUGGUACCAGGUUAGAUGUCUGUUAGAGACACCGAUAUUUGCUAAGCAGGGUCAGGCGCUCACUGGCAGAGUAUUACUGCUAGCCAAUAAGAGGCAGAGCUAUGAUGUCACUAUGGAGAUUAAUCUGGAAGGUACAAAUAUAUCAUCCUCGAACACGUUAGACUUGAAGAAUCCAUACUUCAGGUACACUGGAGCACCGGCUGCUCCACCUCCGGGAGUUAACACAACAUCCCCAAGUGAAUCAUACUGGAACGCAAUUGACACAACAGGUGGCUUAAGCAACGGGCAGGUGAUACUAGCAGAUGCCACACAGCAAUAUUGCUCAACUCCAGAUAAGACUAUUGCUUAUGGGGCUCAUCCAAACAUGAUCAAGACGGUCAUGCUACAAGAGGAGUUUAUCAAGAGGAUUGGAAUCAGUCAAAAUGGUGACAUA